AUGGUCGAUUUCCCUCAGGUUUUACGGAUGGAGAUUGGUUCUCCAAAUGCUGGACUUCUCUAUAGCCGAUUGGUUCCCCUUGUUCUUCUUUUUGUAGAUGGUAAUCACACACCUUUCUCUUUGAUGGCAUCUCGAAUGUUUAUCGUCUCUCUUAUCCUGGUCCUGCCUUCCUUCCAAGGAAAAGGAUAUGGAAGCUAUCUCAUGGAGGUUGUAAGCAAAAUGGCCGUAGCAGAAAACGCUUACGAUCUUACAGUGGAAGAGCCAUCCGAAAAGUUCCAACACAUCCGCAUUUGCAUAGACAUAAACCGCUUACUCUCUUUCGAUCCAAUCAAACCAGCCAUAAACUCAGCUGUUGAGUCUCUCACGAAAGUAAAUCUGUCAAAGAAGGCUGACCCCCCUUGCAAUAAACUUUCUUCUUGGAACAUUUUGUAA